AUGGAUCUUGACUGGUGUCUUACUUGCUCUCAACACACUUCGGGUACUUUAUAUUGCUCCGAAGCAUGUCGUAAUCAAGACAUAAAAUAUUCGGCAAAGGCUUUGCUGUCUUCACAAUACCCUUACUCUUUAUAUUCUAAGCCAUAUUCUUCAUAUUCAAUCCCCUUGUCUUCACCAUCUUACUCUCCAUCUUCAUCCAUUGACACAGAUGAUGAUCUUCAGCAUCGCGCCUACGCUGAUGACAUUUUAGGUGACUCAAUCCCAAUUCAUGCAAUGCAUGUUAUUCAUCCGUUUUGCAUUUAUUCUUCUCAAUUUGGUAUAGUGAACAAGUUGAGAGACAAGUUAUAA